AUGGAUCGGUCUACUUUUAACAUCCAACCCCUGCAACGCUUCGGCGGCGCAAAUACCUCUAUCCGCAGACCAAGGGAAAUUGCUUGCUUUUCUUAUGAUGACCAGCGUCGUUUUUCGCUGGGCGAUUCGUCUAUGGCCUACUACUACACGCCGACUCUUCCUGCGGACCUGAACAAGGGUUAUGAGACAUUCGAGAAGCUCAAUGACGUCCCGGAUGAGCACCUGGAUGCUUUACUUGAUACCCUUGUUGCCUACGAGAAAGAAACAGAGAAGAAGUGUGAUGUAGACAUCAUCACAUGGAGAGGAAUGUUGACCAAGAUCCUAACGACCCCGUACGAUAAUAUGAAUGGCUUCGAAAUGAAUGCCACUUGUUUUCAGGGCACCAUAUUCAUCGAAGAAAACAACGAGUACAAGAACCAACAGAAGGAGAUCCAACGCAAGCGAGGAUCACCACCCGGAAUGGCACCACAGGAACUCAUGAUGUAUUGGGGCUACAAAUUCGAAAAAUUGGCUGUACUGCAGAAGACGUGGGAUGAAUCAACACGCGAAGAGAUCGAAGGUCGCGAAAACGAAGUUGUUAACAACGCAGCACAAUAUUGUUCCGUUGUCCGCACCGGGAUCGGUAAUGUUCGUAUGAUUCUUGGUGGAGAGGUUGAUGCUAUCUGGGACAGCAAGCCACCGCGACAAGGAGACCCCAUUAACUGGGUUGAGCUGAAGACAUCAGCUCAGAUCCGCAGUGAUCGUGAUAUGAUUAAGUAUGAGCGGAAAUUGCUCAAGUUUUGGGCACAGUCAUUCCUACUCGGUGUGCCUAAGAUCAUUGUGGGAUUCCGUGAUGAAAAUGGCAUUUGCCGUAGCUUGGAGGAGCUGGACACAGCCAGUAUUCCUGGGAAAGUGUUGAGUGUCGGCCGGCGUACUUGGGAUGGAAACGUCUGUAUCAAUUUUACAGGUGCAUUUCUAGAAUGGCUUAAACAGACUAUCAAUAAGGAGGGGACGUGGAGAAUUCGGAAGAAGGAGAAGUCUCCGGUCAUCGAGGUCUAUCGAGUUGAGGAACAAGGACAUGGCGACAUUCUCUCGCCUGCUUUCAAGGCCUGGCGGGAGAACAUGACCCCUGCAAGUUCAUGA